AUGAAAGGAGUUUCUAAAUUGAAAUAUAGGAUUGUGUAUUGUUCAGGAGAAGAUUAAGACUAUCCUGUGACUGAAUUACUCACUCAAUCGCCAUAAAGCAGGGGUUGGCAAGCACCAAAAUAUUGUGAAUAUCCAUAGGAAAUAGCAAUUUAAUUUGUUAGUGCAGCAAGAGUUCGACAGGUUCAAUUCUUGUCUCAUCAUUGCAAGAUAUCUACAAAAAUUGAACUAUAUGUUCACAUGCCAGAUAAGAAUAUACCUCCACAAUAUAAUCAAAUCAAAUAUAAGAAAUUAGGAUACUUAUCACUUGAUUCCAAUGAGAGAGGUGGAUAUCAAGCAAGAGAAUUAAAAAGUGUGUAUAUUGACACACCAUGUUUAUUCAUGAAAUUUGUAUUUCAAAAAUGCUUCGUGAACAAAUUUAAUCUCUUCAAUUAAAUUGGCGUUAUUGCUUUAUCCGUGUUUGGUGAACCUCUUGAUUCUCCUCCUGGAUAUGGGUAAAUGAAAUAAAAAGAAUUUUAUAAUGAAAUUUAAUUUGAAACAUAAUUUGAUCAAAAUACACUAGAAAGACUGCGAUUAUUAGAGGAAGCAAAAGACAAAGCUGUUUCGAGGGAAGAUUUCAUGGAAGCCAAGAGAAUUAAAGAAGCUAUUGAAAGAUUGAAAUAAAUAGGAGUUCAAUUAAGAACAUUAGAAGAAAGAAAGGCUGUUGCAAUAUAGAAUGAAGACUAUGAUUCAGCAAGUAUUAUCAAGUAGGAAAUAGAGAAGUUAAGGAAUGCUGUAGCGCCAGAUUCAAUGAUACGUAGACCAGAUAGUGCUGUAAUAUUAAAUAAAUUAAAUUAGUAAUAUUAAUAACCUGUGUAUUAGCCAUAAUAAUAAUACUAAUAGUAAUAAUAGUAAUAAUAAUAAUACUAUUAAUAAUAAUAUUAACCACCACCUGUUUAGUCUUAAAUGGCCUUUGUUCCCCCUUAUUAAGCACCUCCACCAAUGAUGCCUAUACAAGGAGAAGAAAUGAUUUCAUAAUCAUAGUUUGAGGAACAAAGAGCAGAUCCAUCAUAAAUGAGACAAAAACGAGUAGCAAAAGAAUUGAAUCAACAUCAUGAAGAUAUGAUCGUACCAGGUGCCCUAAGAAAGUAAAAUAACAACUAAUAUCCUGAUGAUGACAAAUAGUAAUAAUAAUAAUAUACAACCGAACCGUUAACAGGAGACAGUCUCUAAAAAGCUGAACCGUUAAUACCAAUUUUGACAGAGGAAUUCUGUUAAAAAAUAUUUAGCAAAUAAUGGGGAGCUAGAGAGGAUGGAUUAAAAUGGUUGGAAGAUUAGAUCGGUAGACCAACUUAAGUCAAUUCAUAGGAUCCCUCCAUCUUCUUUUUGAGUUCAAUAGCAUCUAUAAAUUAUACUUUGGGUGAUAAAGUUGCAGCUGUUUCAAUUAGAAGUUUAAGUGUAUUACAAUCUCUGCUUGCAAAAUACCCAAAAAUAAAAAUAAAUAAAAGUGCAGAAUUCAAUGAACAUAUUGAUGGGAUUUUAUAAUCUCUCAUGGAAAAGUUAGGCGAAUAAAGAAAGGAAUAAGCAGAAAAUGCAUUUUUACAAAUGGCAGAUCAUCCGUCUGUUGGUCCUGCUAUUUGUGUAUAGCAUUUAAUUAAAGGUUUUGUUGGGAAAUCUAAAUUGCAAAGCUCUACUAAACAUAUAGUGGGAAGAUUGGCUAUGUUGACAGAACUAGUGAAGAGAUAUGAAAUCAAUAAUGCUAAUAUGCCAUAUUAACCAAUUGUUGAUUUUGCUGUUAAAUUAUAAGAUGAUAAAAAUGAACCAAUUAGAACUUAAGCCAUCUUACUUCUGGUAGAAGUGUAUAAAUUUUCUGGGAAUAGACUUAAACAAUCUUUGACAAAUGUCAGAUAAGCCCAAUUAGAUGUGUUAGAAGAUUUCUUUAAUAAAAUAGAUGGAGGUGGGGAUGUUGAUGAUCAACCAUAAACUAAUUAAUAACGAGCAAUAAUUCAAACUAAUAUUGAAUCUUAAGGAGCCAAAAAGGGGAAUCAAAAUUAAACAUAGAAUUAAAAACCAUAGUAAUAAUAAAAAUAGCAAUAAUAAUAAUAAUAUGACUAAAAUAAUACAGCAAAAUGUGAUUAUUGUGAUAGAGUUAAUCCCUCCUUUAGAGAUCCAGAUCAAAUAGAUAAACACCUUUGGUCAGAAUGUCCUAUGUUAGUUACUUGUUCAUAAUGCGGAUAGGUUAUUGAAAUAGCUGAAUUAACUAAUCAUUUGUUGAGUGAAUGUGAUCAUAAAAGAAAGUUUAAGAGAUGUCCCAAGUGCAAAGAAGCUAUUCUAUUGAGUGGUUAUGAUAAACAUUUGGAAGAUUGCAGAGGCAGAAAUGACAACACAACAGUGAGAUGUCCUUUGUGUCAUUAAGAUUUGAAAUUGGAGAAGAAUACAUGGAAAAAUCAUUUGAUCAAACAAGGAUGUCUAAAUAAUGAAAGAACUGCUGGAUGACAUUAACAUUUAUCAAUUCUUACUCAAUAUUUAUUAAUUA